AUGGAUACUCAUGACUUGUUAGUGCAAGAGUUGCAUGCUAAAGACCAAAAGAUUACAGAAGUCUUAGAAUUAGAAAGAUUACAACGAGUAAAAGUCUUAGAAUUAACCACUAGAAUUGGCGAACUAACUAAAAUUCUAGAUAACACUACAAGUGACUUAAGAGCAGCAGAAAAGAAGAUCAAAAGACAAGAAUUAUCCAAUCGUCAACUAGAACGUAAAUGUGCCGUUCAAAUCCGCCGUCUCAAACAAACUAAAUCCUUAUCUCCAGAUGAAAAAGAACGACGUAUUCUCGUACUUGAAUGGAUCAUUCAACAACUAGGCGAUUACUACUACUUCCCCAGUCAAGAAGUCCUUGCCCUAGCUGAAAUCUCCGAUCCUAAUGACUCUAUCCUUACCCAACUCAUUAAACCCCUACAUACCCGAUCAGAAACACCAUCUAAUCCUCUUAUUUCAUCUACUCCUACUCCUCCUACACCCACCACUACCCCCAAUCCAGCCAUUAUUCCUCCUCCCGACCAAACCAGCACUCAUCCUAACCCUAUCCACCCUAACCCUAUCCAUCCUAAUCCAGACUUACUAACUCGUCUUGAUGAGAACGGUAUUCAAAGCAUCCUUGAUAUUCCUAUCGAUAAUCUUGAUAAGAGCCGACUUAACUAA